CCAGCACUUCAGGGAACUUAGGGGAAACACUGCAGAACAAUUUCACUUUCAUUAUGAUUGACCGGCGCCGUGUGGGUGGGGCCGUGACUCAGGGCUUAAAUGAGCUCGCUGACUGAACUGAUUCAGACACAAGUGACAUGGAGAAGACCAGAGUUGAUCUGCAGAGGGAAUCCUUCUCCUGUUCCAUCUGUCUGGAGCUCCUGAAGGAACCAGUCACUCUUCUCUGUGGACACAACUUCUGUAAGGCCUGUAUUGAACGUUCCUGGAGCGAAAGGAACAUCUACAAAUGUCCUCAGUGCAGACAGACCUUCACACCGAAGCCUCUCCUGCGGAAGAACACUGUGUUAGCAGAGAUAGUGGAGGUGCUGAACAAGACUGGUCAGCCUGAACUCUGCUAUGCUGGAGCUGAAGAUGUGGCCUGUGACGCCUGCACUGGGAGGAAGCGGAAAGCCCUGAAGUCCUGUCUGCUGUGUGUGGUCUCUUACUGUGAGCAACACCUCCAGCCUCAUCUAGAAGCUCCGGCCUUCAAAAGACACAAGCUGGUCCACCCAUCCAAGCGGCUCCAGGAGAUCAUCUGCUCUCAAUACCAUGAGGAGAAGAAGAUGUUCUGUCGCACUGAUCAGCAGUUGAUCUGUCAUCUCUGUCCUGAGGACCAACACAAAGACCACGACACAGUUACGGCUGCAGCAGAGAGAAGAGAGCGGGAGAAAGAGGUGGAUCAGAGUCAAGGAAGGAUCCAGCAGAGGAUCCAGGAGAGAGAGAAAGAUGUAAAGCUGCUUCAGCUGGAGGAAAAGUACAUCAAUCUGUGUGGGGAUAAAGCAGUGGAGGACAGUCAGGCGACACUCAACCAGCUGAUCCAGAAUCUCCAGAGAAUGAGGUCUGACGAGGAGCUGCUGAUCAGAUGCCUGCAGAAGAGAGAAGCAGGUCGAGUCCAAGGACUUCAGCAGCAGCUGGAGCAGGAGAUCACUGAGCUGAAGAAGAAAGCUGCUGAGCGGCAGCAGCUGUCACUCACCGACAGUCACUCAGUCUUUCUCCAGAACUUGUCCUCACUGUCAGAGGUCAGUGAAGACAUGCUCUCCUCCAGGACCCACGUCCGUCCUCAGGUCUGCUACGAGGACGUGGCAGCAGCCGUGUUCGCCAGCAGAGCCCGACUCCAGGACCUUCUGAGAGACUCCUGGACCAACAUCUCACGGGUGCUUGCUCCAGAGCCCAAGACCAGAGCUGAGUUCCUUAGAUACUCUGUGGACAUCACCAUGGAUCCCAACACUGCACACUUAAUGCUGAUGUUGUCUGACAAAAGCAAGACGGUGAAACACAUGGUGCAAACGCCAGCUCCUCCUCCUCCUCCACAUCCAGACAGAUUCACUGAUCAAUCUUGUUGCCAGGUCCUGAGUAAAGCGCCUCUGACUGGGCGUUGUUUCUGGGAGGUGGAGAGGAACGGAGAAGUAGCAGUAGCUGUUUCAUACAAGGACAUCAGCAGAUCAGGAAGAAUGAGUUAUUUUGGACAUAAUGACAGAUCCUGGUGUUUAUAUUGUGACAACUAUGGUUAUUCUUUUACACAUGACAGCUUCAGAGUGAAAGUCUCCAGUGUUCCCUCCUCCAGAGUGGGCGUGUACCUGGAUCACUCUGCAGGGCUCCUCUCCUUCUACAGCGUCACUGACACCAUGACCCUCCUCCACAGAGUCCAGACCUCCUUCACUCAGCCUCUCCAUGCUGGAGUCAAUGUUUGGCUCAGGUCCAAGUGCACGUUUGUGAACCUGAAGUAGACAACAGUGUGGGAACCUUUGUGUCUCACCAGCUCUUCCUGAAGGGACCAUAACCUCAUUGAUCUGAUGGAUGUGAAGUUGAUUCUCCACUUGGGAACAGCUCCGCCAUCACUGUGUGGACUCGGGAGCAAAGAGGAAAUGGACGGUGACGUGUGACCUAAAGUGCCUCCUUCAGCUUUCAUGCUUCUCAAGACUUGUCUAAGAAUGAUGAGGCAGGUCUUUCAGCUGGAACAAGACUGUCUCCCUGCGAUCACAUGACUGUCCCCUCACCUUAAUAAAACAUGAUUCCUGAUCACACUUGCAUGGCCUCAUGGGCAACAUCACCUUCCAGACACUCACUGACUGACAGCUGAACAGGCUGAUUCAAGUUAAUGUAAUGCAUCAUUGAAGAUCACCACUCGUGCGUAGCGUGUCCUGCGGUCGCUAAAAUGAGUGUUGUUUUUUAGGGCGCC